AUGCUGUCAUUUACCUUCAUUUAUCUGCUUUUAACAACAGCUUCGGCAGCGGUUCUCUCGAACAGGCAGACAUUAUCAGGGAGCAAUGUCUGUCGACAAAUCAGCGCCAAUAUCACUGGCGAAGUCUACUUUAGCACAAGUUUGAGCUUGAGCUUCAAUUUCGAACAUGACAUCAAACAUUAUAUGACUUCUUCUUCACAAGUGCCAAUGUGUGUUGUUGAAGUUGCUAGCGAUGCGGAUGUUUCUCAUGUCAUGAAGAUCAUUGCAGCAACGAGAACACCAUUUGCCAUAAAAUCUGGGGGGCACGCUUCAAACCCUGGAUUUUCCAGUACUACUGGUGUUUUCAUCUCGCUGGCGAAAUUGACUCAGGUCACACUUUCUCAAGACAAAAGUCAAGUUGAAAUUGGAACUGGAAAUCUCUGGUCUGAUGUGUACUCGGCCCUCGACGGAACGAAUGUUAACGUAGUGGGAGGACGUGUUACUGGUCCUGGUGUGGGUGGUUUUAGUCUUGGAGGAGGUUACUCCUGGUUUACAAAUCAGUACGGUCUGACCUGCGAUACAAUCAACUCGUUCAAUCUUGUUCUUCCAAAUGGCACCAUAACCAGAGUUGACUCCACGAAUCCUGACCUCUUCUUUGCGCUCAAAGGUGGUUUGAAUCGAUUUGGAGUUGUGACGAGUAUUCUUUUCAAAACGAUUCCACAAGAGAAUAUGGUCUAUGGUGGUAUUGAGAUUUAUGGACUUGACGCUAUUCCUGAUCUCAUCACCGCUACUAAUAAAUUCCAACAAGAAAACACAGACCCCAAAGCUCAAGUGAUUCUCACCAUCAACGGCGGUAUUACUACUAGUGCCAUCCUUCUUACGUUCUACGAUGGUCCAAGUCGACCUUCAGCUUUCGAUCCAUACAGCAACAUCAGCGCCUAUCCGCUCAUAACUAGCGUCAAAAGCCAGUCUUUCGCGUCCUUUUCUACUGUCACCCCAUCCACUCUUCAGGCCGGACACCGGGGCGCUUUCCACACUAUGAUGACUACUAGUCUGACGGUCAACUUCAUGAAUGCGAUCUAUAAUGAAUCUAGCUUUUAUGGAGCACUUGCUAUUCUCCAUGGUGGAACCUUCCUCUCUUAUGACGUUGAGCCUUUUCUCGAAUACGGCAAAUACUCCACAGACUCUGCGUUUCCACACGCAAAUUCUCCUUUACCAUUAAACCUUUACUACUCUUGGACCUUGGCAUUGGAAGAUACGUUCUGGAGAGGUGUUAUGCAACAGAGUAUCGACCAUCUGACUGAGAUAGCUAAGGCUGAGGGAAUUUAUGCUGAGGAUGCGUACGCAUAUCCAAAUUACGCCUUGAGCACCUAUAGCGGGGCUCAGAUCUAUGGACCAAAAAAUGCAGCGAGGUUAAGAGAAAUCCAAGCAAAGUAUGAUCCAAAUCAAAUUAUGCUUCUUGCUGGAGGGUUCAAUAUCUAG